AUGCUAUCGGUGUCCUUGAAACGCACGGCGGCCAUUUUUCAACGAGGAAUGGCGACUGGAAGACAUUUUAUUGCGGUAUGUCAGAUGACAAGCGAUAAUGACCUCGAGCAGAAUUUUGAAGCUGCUCGAUCGAUGAUCGAACGCGCUGGCGAGAAGAAAUGCGAGAUGGUUUUUCUUCCGGAGUGUUUCGACUUCAUCGGACGCAACAAAAAUGAGCAAGUCGAUUUGGCGAUGAGCGUCGAUGGCGAUUACAUGCGGCGAUAUCGCGAAUUGGCGAAAAAACACAAUUUGUGGUUGUCGCUUGGCGGAUUGCACCACAAGGAUGACGCCGAUCCGGCGCAUCCGUGGAAUUCGCACGUCGUCAUUGAUUCGCAAGGAAACACGAGAGCGAUUUAUGACAAAUUGCAUUUGUUCGAUUUGGAAAUUCCGGGAAAAGUUCGUCUAAUGGAGAGCGAGUUCAGCAAAGCUGGUGCCGAAAUGGUCGAGCCGAUCGAGACCCCAAUUGGCAAAAUGGGCCUAUCGAUUUGCUACGAUGUGCGAUUUGCGGAGUUGUCGAUAUGGAAUCGCAAAAAGGGCGCCCAAAUUUUGACGUUUCCGGCGGCGUUCACGUUGACGACCGGACUCGCCCAUUGGGAGACGCUUCUUCGCGCUAGAGCCAUCGAAAACCAGUGCUACGUGAUUGCCGCCGCGCAAACUGGCAAACACAACGAGAAGCGGCUUUCGUACGGUCAUGCGAUGGUCGUCGACCCAUGGGGAGCUGUAGUAGCGCAAUGCUCGGAACGAGUUGACAUGUGCUUCGCUGAAAUCGAUCUUUCAUAUGUCGACGAACUUCGAACGAUGCAGCCGGUUUAUUCGCAUCGCAGAAAUGAUUUAUAUUCGAUACACGUGAAUGAAAUCGACGAAAGUGAAAUUGACAUGAAUUUCUCGAAAUUCGCCAUCAAACGCGAGCAGAUUUUCGCCAAAUCUCGACAUUCAUUCGCUUUCGUGAAUUUGAAACCCGUUACGGAUGGACAUGUUCUUGUAAGCACAAAACGGGUUGUUGAAAAGCUAACCGAGUUGAAUGACGAGGAAACGGCGGAUUUGUUCAUAUUGGCGAAGAAAAUUCAAAAAAUGAUUGAAAAAUUCCAUGGUGUCGAAUCAACGACAAUUUGCGUUCAGGAUGGCAAAGAGGCCGGACAGACGGUGCCGCACGUGCACGUGCACAUUCUCCCACGACGGAAAGGCGAUUUUGGCGAUAACGAGAUUUAUUACGAGUUGGCCAAUCACGACAAAAACGAGGCGCGAAAACCGAGAACAAUCGAUGAAAUGGCGCAAGAAGCGGCGAGAUAUCGCGAAGCGAUUUCUCAAAACUCAUCGUGCCUUUAA